AUGACCUUCAUGGAGGUGGUUGGUAUAGUCGAAAAUGCUCCUGUUAUGAUUAAUUUACCUCCUGCCCAAUCUACUCCUCCAAAUGAACCAGAAAAAGAACCACCACCAAAAAAUGCGUGCUCCAAAUUCCUUACCAACUGUCGAACAAAAAUGUGCAGUUGCUGCAGAAAAGGUCCUAAAAAAACUUCUAAAUCUAAGACUGAUGCCGGUUGCUUCAAUUGCUUCAAGAGGAAACCACAACCAGCUUCGAUUGUAAUUGAAAAUGAAACUCAACAGAAACCGAAGCUGCUUGAGCGAUUAAACUGUUGUAAAAAGCAAAAAGUGGGAGAUUCUUCUUCAUGUUUUCCAACAGGGAGGCGAAAAGAUAGUUGGGUGGAGAGAGCAGACAGUUUAUCCCAACCAGCAAGAAGCAAGUGCUCCAAAAAGUGUUGUACAGGCUUUUUGGCAACAAUAUUUUGUUUGAAUUUAUGCCGAAAAAAGAAAACUGUUGAAAUUCCUGAUCGAAAAGAUUCAAUAAUAAGCAAAAAGAAAAGUUUGACUCCAACCACAGCUCCACCACCAGAGGAUACUCGUCCAAAAAUAGAUAUGAGUUUGGUAGAGCAUUCAUCUCACAUGAAGGCAGCUAUCCCAAUAUUACCGAUAUGUCUAGCUUGGUUCUGCCUGAUUUUAAAUUGUAUAGGACCUGGAACAGGCACAGUUAUAAGUGGAAUACUCAAUCUUUGUAUUGGAAUACCCAGAUUUUCUCAAAAGGAUGGAGCCAAGUCAAGAUUUGGAGCUUUUUUAAUAAAUUUAAUUAUAGGUUUCAGCCAAUGUUUCACGGUACUGUUCUGCCUUGUUGGAUGGGGUUGGUCGAUAUGGUGGGGUAUUAUAAUGAUUAAGAUAGCAAGAAAACAUAAACGGUUCAAACAGUUAGAAGCAAUAGAAGAGGCCACUACCGUACCUGGAACAAAUGCAAAUCCUCGAACAAGGGACCCUCCAAAACGUUAA